AUGGAAGCCGACUACCAGGUGCAGGAACAAGAUGGCCCACACGACCACCCCAUUCUACACGAGCCACUUCUCUACAUCUCGAAUCUACCACCCUACGUGACGGACGAGAAUAUCGCCAUGGCCUUUGUUACUUGUGGUCCAUUUCGUCCAAAGAUCACUAGAGAUGGGAGCAACAAUCCGCUUAGUGGGACAAUCGAGUUUAGAUUUCCAGAGAAGGCCGAGAAGGCACUUGCCACCCUUCAAUCGCGUCCUCUCCCUGGUCUCAUCCCUCCAGUACCCUUAGUUUUGUCACCUUACCCCCCCCGCAAACCCUCCAACACCCCUGCCACCACCUUCUGCCCUCCCACGACUGGUCAAACACCUCCCUGCGGGGUAUAA